GGAGGCGGGGUCGUUUUCAGAACCAAUGAGAGAUUGGGGGAUGGAGAGACGGGAAGCUUCCAGAGGCCGAUGGGGAGGAAGUUAUAAAGAGGGUACGGGCGGGCUAGCGGGACGGCCAUGCAGUCCAAGCGGGAGUGUGAGCUAUGGUGUGAGAGGGUGAAUCCAGAGAACAAGGCGGCGUUGGAGGCGUGGGUCAGGGAGACAGGCAUCCGACUGGUGCAGGUGAACGGGCAGAGGAAGUAUGGCGGGCCACCCCCAGGCUGGGUGGGCAGCCCACCGCCGGCCGGGUCGGAGGUGUUCAUCGGGCGGCUGCCCCAGGACGUGUACGAGCACCAGCUGAUCCCGCUGUUCCAGCGGGUGGGCCGCCUCUACGAGUUCCGCUUGAUGAUGACCUUCAGCGGCCUGAACCGCGGCUUCGCCUACGCCCGCUACAGCUCGCGGCGUGGGGCACAGGCUGCCAUCGCCACACUGCACAACCACCCGCUUCGGCCGUCCUGCCCGCUGCUCGUGUGCCGCAGCACGGAGAAGUGCGAGCUGAGCGUGGACGGGCUGCCGCCGGGUCUGAGCCGCCGGGCGCUAAUGCUCGCGCUGCAGCCGCUGGGCUCUGGCCUGCAGGAGGCGCUGCUGCUGCCCAGCCCCGGGCCGGCGCCCGCACAGAUCGCGCUGCUGAAGUUCAGUUCGCACCGCGCCGCUGCCAUGGCCAAAAAGGCCCUAGUGGAAGGACACUCGUGCUUCUGUGGAGAGCAGGUGACUGUGGAGUGGCUCAAGCCAGACCUGAAGCAGCGACUCCGCCAGCAGCUUGUGGGUCCCUCCCUACGGUACCUACAGCCAGAGGGCAGCCGAUUGGCCCUAGGCAGGAACAAGCUAGAGCCCCAAGGGGCUCGGGCUGCCCUGCAGCUGCUGUGCCAGCAGAUGAAGCUGGGCAGCCCUGUGUUCCUCACCAAGUGCUUAGGCACAGGCCCUGCUGGCUGGCACCGCUUCUGGUACCAGGUGGUGAUCCCUGGGCAUCCAGUGCCCUUCAGCGGCCUUAUAUGGGUUGUGCUGGCCCCAGAUGGGCAGGAUGGGCAUGAGGUGGCCAAGGAUGCCGUGUCCGCACGGCUGCUAGAGGUGCUGAGUGAGUCUGGGGCCAGCCUUCUGUGCUCUGCUGAGGCAGGUACCAUGGUUAAGCAGUGACCCCAUCCUUUCUCCACAGGCAACCUG